AUGGCGCAUGUCGCCCCGCUUCCCCCGCAAGAGACCCCCACCGCCGCCGCCGCCACCUCGGGGGUCUGCUCCGCCGUUGCGGACGGGCCCACGGACACGCGUGGACGCCGGAGGCAGGCCUGCGGGGACGGAGUGGCGGAGCCGUUAUCAGGCUUCGGGUUCGUUACGUUCGCGGAUCCGGCGAGUGUAGACAAAGUCCUGGCUCAGCCCCACCACGAGCUGGACUCCAAGACGAUUGACCCUAAAGUUGCAUUUCCCCGACGAGCACAGCCUAAGAUGGUCACAAGAACAAAGAAAAUAUUUGUAGGUGGAUUAUCGGCUAAUACAGUAGUGGAAGACGUAAAGCAAUACUUUGAACAGUUUGGCAAGGUAGAGGACGCCAUGCUUAUGUUUGACAAGACGACCAACAGGCAUAGAGGAUUUGGCUUCGUAACUUUUGAAAAUGAAGACGUGGUGGAAAAAGUCUGUGAAAUUCAUUUCCACGAAAUCAAUAAUAAAAUGGUAGAAUGUAAGAAAGCACAACCUAAAGAAGUGAUGUUUCCACCAGGGACGAGAGGAAGGGCACGUGGAUUACCGUAUACCAUGGACGCUUUUAUGCUAGGGAUGGGAAUGUUGGGUUACCCGAAUUUUGUUGCAACGUAUGGCCGAGGAUAUCCUGGAUUUGCCCCAAGUUACAGCUAUCAGUUCCCAGAGAUAUACACCGACACGCACACGCACACAGAGACUCGCACACACGUUCCCAUACUAUCCUGCGGUUUUCCGGCAGCGGCUUAUGGACCAGUAGCAGCGGCAGCCGUGGCGGCAGCAAGAGGAUCAGUCUUGAAUAGCUACAGUGCUCAACCGAAUUUUGGCGCACCCGCUUCCCCGGCAGGCUCCAACCCAGCCCGACCCGGAGGCUUCCCCGGGGCCAACAGCCCAGGGCCCGUCGCGGAUCUCUACGGCACAGCCAGCCAGGACUCCGGCGUGGGUAACUACAUAAGCGCCGCCAGCCCGCAGCCGGGCUCCGGCUUCGGCCACGGGAUCGCCGGACCUUUGAUUGCAACGGCUUUUACAAAUGGAUACCAUUGAAACGUUACACAUGGUUGGUUGCCAUCUCACUUGGAGAGUCUCUCUGGAUGUCCAGGCAAGACGGGGCGAAGUUUCUGAACGGGCCCACGUUUGGGUGAUCUCAUCAGACUUUGAGCACUACAUCAUCACCGAUAACGCAAACAAACUGGAGGUGGCACUCGACGGACUUAGGUUGUUUAAAAUCUCUCUCAUCAUCUCAUGAAUCUGCUGUACUAUAAAAACAACAGCUUUUAAAAGUAUGUAUAUAAAA